CAACAAAUCGGACUUGGAGUGUUUUAUUUAACAGUUAAAUAUUUUGUUAAGCAUCGAACGAUUAGUGUGUGUGUUUACGAUGGAUUAAUAUAAUAUUAUGAAUGUGAAUAACAGUGUUGAGAUAUAAAACUGGAAUGAAACUGUAAACGGCGGCUACACCGCGUGGAGUUCGUGGGGCAUGUGCGCAGUCACGUGCGCGAGUGGCACGUGGACCCGGUCUAGAUCCUGCACGAACCCAGCACCCCAGUACAAUGGCGCAGACUGCACCUCCCUUGGAGCGGCUACUGAAAUAACAAGUUGUAAUACCGGAAUUAUGUGUCCAAUAAACGGCGGCUACACCACGUGGAGCUCUUGGGGCACGUGCUCAGUCACGUGCGCGAGUGGCACGUGGACCCGGUCUAGAUCCUGCACGAACCCAGCACCCCAGUACAAUGGCGCAGACUGCACUUCCCUUGGAGCGCCUACUGAAACAACGAGUUGUAAUACCGGAAUUAUGUGUCCAAUAAACGGCGGCUACACCACGUGGAGCUCUUGGGGCACGUGCUCAGUCACGUGCGCGAGUGGCACGUGGACCCGGUCUAGAUCCUGCACGAACCCAGCACCCCAGUACAAUGGCGCAGACUGCACUUCCCUUGGAGCGCCUACUGAAACAACGAGUUGUAAUACCGGAAUUAUGUGUCCAAUAAACGGCGGCUACACCUCGUGGAGCUCUUGGGGCACGUGCUCAGUCACGUGCGCGAGUGGCACGUGGACCCGGUCUAGAUCCUGCACAAACCCAGCACCCCAGUACAAUGGCGCAGACUGCACCUCCCUUGGAGCGGCUACUGAAACAUCGACUUGUGAUUCAGGAAUUAUGUGUCCGAUUCCAAUUGAACAAGGUUCGAGUCCCUGGGAAACCAAUGACGGUUACAUGAGGAUCCAGUACUACUGCACCUUCAUCGCACCGGAUGUAGGCAUGGUUGGUCCCGGAAAGGCGACAGUGAGCGUCAUGUUCGAUGAAAGUGUACACGAUAUCGAGAACUGGGAGAUGUCCACUCUUUCCCCCUCCAGCGCCGACCGUCCGGCCAAUGUGUUCCAACUGACGAACAUGUUUAGUUGGGACUUCUCUGAAUUCCGCUGGUCCUUUCAUGGGAUCUACAAAGGAUCACUAGUGCCCAAGGGAACCUGCACGCUGUGCUGUUCAUAGCACGCGGCUGCUUUUGCGGCUACGACAGACAGUCAACCGGUGCGUCGGGGUGAAGGGAGAAGUUCUACAAAUUCAAUGUCUGCUGAUUUUAUUCUUUAUUUUCCUUCAGCCAAUAAUGACGUAGUGAUGAUAAAAGACUGAAAAAUGCAUAAGGCAUCAUAAGAUUUUAGACUAAUUACAAAUUAAUAAAUAGCAGUUCCAGAUAGAAGGGAAAUAGAUCUACAUUUGAAGCUCUAAGUAUCUACAUAAAACAAGCUGCAAAAUGGAUAGAAAAUAAAAAAAGGAUUUCACAGACAUACUUUUGAAGUGUAUACAAAUAUAAAAUAUGAGAUCAUCAA